AUGCGCAACAGAGAAAAGAAGUCUGAAUUAAACGAAGAAUCUCAAGCUGCCUUCGAGAACAUAAAGCGGGAACUGUGCGAAGCACCAGUGCUAGGCAUGCCCACGGAAAAGGGCAUGUACCUUCUCGAGACUGAUGCUUCAGUAGUAGCCACCUUAGGAAUACUACACCAAGAGCGAGAAUGGAAUGGGAGAACAGUUCUCCGUCCCAUCGCAUAUGGCAACAAGGUGUUGAGUGACACUGAAAUGAAAUAUGGUGCACCAAAGGCGGAAAUGUUCGCAGUGAUCACAUUCGUGGAGAAGUACCGCGCAUACUUAGGGAGUGCUCCCUUUAAGCUACGCGUGGACAAUUGA